AUGGUCUCGGCCUACUACCUUUCGAGGGGACAUGCGCAGUACUUCGGCGGUCGGAUUUCGGAAGCGCAUGCAGACUACCGAAGAGCCCUGGAGCUUGAUCCCGCAAACGUCGAGGCAGGCCGCCUUUGUCGGCAGUUCGAUUCCAAAGGAAAAUUGACAGCCCCGAGCGGCCCGAGCAGACAAAGUAGUAAGAAGGAACGCCAGCUUUCCGUGGCCGCUCCUUCUUCGAACAUGGAAAGCUGCAAGACUUCCACUGUGCCGCUGCCCUUGUCGGUUCCAUUGUCAUCUUGGGCGUCGUCAUCGUCGUCGUCAUCAACGUGGUCUCUUUUGCCACCAUCCCGGUCUUCGCGAGGCCCACAACCACCAACCCCAGCUUCUCCAAUACCAAUAUCCGACAGAUCGUUGAGGACCACAACCACCGCUUCUUCUUCCGCAAGCGAUACAAGCAUGGCGAGCGGGAUUUGUUGUAAACAGUGCGGCUCGAAGGCCGGCGGUUGCGAAACCUCGGAGCCGUGCACGAGACAAGUGACAAUUCCUGGAAGGACAGAAAGUGGCGGUGCUCUCAAGGACAUCUGCAGGUGGAAACCAAAGCGGCAUCGGCGUGUGCGGAGGAGGGGGCAAGGGAAUCGCCUGCCGAAAGUAGAUACGCGGCCUCCAAAAGAACCAGAAUGGGGAGAAUCCGCCAUCUCCUGGGCUAAGGCCAGCGACAACGGGGUUAAGCGCGUCUUCAAGGAACGAUUCGGAGGGGUUCCGCCCAGGGAUGAACGCUUGUGGGGGAUGCUGCGGACUAGCCCCACGAAACGCUGGUCGUCAACGGGAGCAGGGGAUGGGAGUUCUGUUGCAUCUUCUCGAAAGGCACCUCCGGUAUAG